AUGAGUUCGAAAUCUACUAAUGAACCUAUGGAAGAGGAAGAUGAACCGAAGUGCGGUGCUACUCUUAAUAAAAAAUGGAUACGACGCAGUGUCAACAAUGCGAAGAACAAGUUUCAGAGGGGACGCCAAUGGUUUCAAAGUGGUGAAGUCCAUCCAAUCUCUGAAACACAACAGUCUCAUAAUCAAACUACUGUAAAUACGGUCGUUCAAGGUGCUGCUGCUGCUUCGCAAGCAUCAAUAGCCACGAUGAAGACAGUUGCCAUAGUUACAAUCUCUGCUGGAGUGACUUAUGCUCUCAGCAAAUGCACGUCCCUACAACAGAGAAUUGCAUCGGCAAUAAGCAGCACUAACCCAACUACAGAAGCAGAAACAGUAUUCAUAUUUGAUAUCACAGUGAAUAUUUUCAAAAAGAUUAACAACGAUAAUGAUACUGGUCAAAGCUGUAUUUAUAGUUAG